CGGGCCGGCGGCCGCUGCGCCUUUAAUUCCCCCGCCCUCGCUCAAUCCGAGCCGCUCGCACAUCCUGCCCGGCGAAACCCCACCUUCCGCGGAGCGGGGCCGAGGCGGGCCGGGCCGGACCGGGCAGGGCGGCGGCAGCAGCCUGUGCGCACCGGAGCAGAGCUGAAGGAAGUGCUGCUGGUGCCCAGUCAUGAUGCCCUUUGGGGGAAUUGCUGCCCGGCUGCAGAGGGACCGCCUGAAAGCUGAGGGGGUUGGCCAACACCACAAUGCCAUCAAGUACCUCAACCAGGACUAUGAGGCCCUCAAGCAGGAGUGCCUUGAGAGUGGUACCCUCUUUAGGGACCCCCAGUUCCCAGCUUCCCCCUCUGCCCUUGGCUUCAAGGAGCUGGGGCCGCACUCCAGCAAGACACGGGGGGUGGAGUGGAAGCGUCCUUCAGAAUUAGUGGAUGACCCUCAGUUCAUCGUUGGUGGUGCAACACGGACAGAUAUCUGCCAGGGGGCUCUGGGCGACUGCUGGCUGCUGGCUGCCAUCGGCUCCCUCACACUCAAUGAGGAGCUCCUGCAUCGCGUGGUGCCCCAUGGGCAGAGCUUCCAGGAAGAUUAUGCUGGCGUCUUCCACUUCCAGAUCUGGCAGUUUGGCGAAUGGGUGGAUGUGGUGGUUGAUGACCUGCUGCCCACCAAGGAUGGAGAGCUCUUGUUUGUGCAUUCGGCAGAGUGCACUGAGUUCUGGAGUGCUCUGCUAGAGAAGGCCUAUGCCAAGCUGAAUGGCUGCUAUGAGUCGCUCUCCGGGGGCAGCACCACUGAGGGCUUUGAGGACUUCACCGGUGGUGUGGCAGAGAUGUACGACCUCAAACGGCCGCCACGCAACAUGGGCCAUAUCAUCCGCAAGGCACUGGAGAGGGGGUCCCUGUUGGGCUGCUCCAUUGAUAUCACAAGUGCUUUUGAUAUGGAAGCGGUGACCUUCAAGAAGCUGGUGAAAGGCCAUGCCUAUUCUGUCACAGCCUUCAGAGAUGUGAACUACCGGGGUCAGCAGGAACAGCUCAUCCGUGUCAGGAACCCCUGGGGUCAGGUGGAGUGGACCGGAGCCUGGAGUGAUGGUUCAUCUGAGUGGAACAACAUUGACCCCAGUGACAGAGAAGAGCUGCAAUUGAAGAUGGAGGAUGGAGAGUUCUGGAUGUCUUUCCGGGACUUCAUGAGAGAGUUCUCCAGGUUGGAGAUCUGUAACCUAACCCCUGAUGCCCUCACCAAGGAUGAGCUGAGCAGGUGGCACACACAGGUGUUUGAGGGCACAUGGCGCCGGGGGAGCACGGCUGGGGGCUGCAGGAAUCAUCCAGCCACGUUCUGGAUCAACCCCCAGUUUAAGAUCAAGCUGCUGGAAGAGGAUGAUGACCCUGGGGAUGACGAGGUAGCCUGCAGCUUCCUAGUGGCUCUGAUGCAGAAGCAUCGGCGGAGGGAGCGGCGGGCAGGUGGUGACAUGCACACCAUCGGCUUUGCUGUCUACGAGGUCCCUGAAGAGGCUCAAGGCUGCCAAAACGUGCACAUGAAGAAGGACUUCUUCCUGCGAAACCAGUCACGGGCACGAUCCGAGACCUUCAUCAACCUGCGAGAGGUGAGCAACCAGAUCCGGCUGCCUCCUGGAGAGUACAUCGUUGUGCCCUCCACCUUUGAGCCGCACAAGGAGGCUGACUUCGUCCUGCGGGUCUUCACCGAGAAGCAGUCAGACACGGCGGAGCUGGAUGAGGAGAUCUCAGCAGAUCUGGGAGAUGAGGAAGAAAUUUCUGAAGAUGACAUAGAGGAUGGCUUCAAGAACAUGUUCCAGCAGCUGGCAGGGGAGGACAUGGAAAUCAGUGUCUUUGAGCUCAGGACUAUCCUGAACAGAGUCAUCACUAGGCACAAAGAUCUGAAGACAGAUGGAUUCAGCCUGGAUUCUUGCCGCAAUAUGGUCAAUCUGAUGGAUAAAGAUGGCAGCGCCCGCCUUGGGCUGGUGGAGUUCCAGAUCCUGUGGAACAAGAUUCGGGGCUGGCUGACCAUCUUCCGUCAGCACGACCUGGAUAAAUCGGGCACCAUGAGCUCAUACGAAAUGCGCAUGGCUCUAGAGUCAGCAGGCUUCAAGCUGAACAACAAGCUGCAUCAGGUGGUGGUGGCCCGCUAUGCAGACUCCAGCAUGGGCGUGGACUUUGACAACUUUGUCAGCUGCCUGGUCAAGCUGGAGGCCAUGUUCAGGUUCUUCCGGAGCAUGGACCCUGAGGGCACUGGCACAGCUGUGAUGAACAUCUCUGAGUGGCUGUUGCUGACGAUGUGCGGCUAAGAGCCACAACAGGUGCACUGCAGCUAGGACAUCCUGGCGGGCCAGGCCAACUCCAAGUGCCUCCCCUUGGAUCCAUGGACAUAGGAUACUCUCCCUCCCCUUGCUCCAUCCCAUGCUGCACCACCAGCCCUGCCCUGCCUCCCAGCAAGACUCACCCCACCAUCUCCUGUGGACCAUUUUGCAGGGUUCAAGGCAGGCAGGGGCUGCCCUUCUCUUCUUCUGGGCUGGGCUGGUUUUCCACUCUUCCCCCUCCUCUCUCCCCACCCCAGAACAGGAGGAGGGCAGGUGGCAUGGGAGUGCCUGUGCAUCACUGUGCCUGGCUUUAUGGCAACCAUUGUGGAGGUGAGUGAAGGAGCAGACUCGAGCAUGGCCGCAGAGCAGGGAGCAGAAGAAGCUCUGGGGGGAAGGGAGGAGAUGACUAGUGUUGCUUGCUUCAGCAUUGUCCUCGUGCUGCUGGCACGUUACCCCGCAUCCUGGGAGCGUCAACAUGUAUUACACUGCUCCAGCGGAGGCAGCUGGUUCCUGGGGUGCCAGAGUUGGCCUCCUGGGAAUGUCCUGGGGGGAGGAGAGUGCGUGCCAUGGUGAGAAGGAAGGCCUAUACUCUUUCCACUGCACUCAUCACCACCAAGCACUUUCUAAAAGGUAACAUAACCAAAGCGUGGGAUCCCAUGUGGAUCAGGACACCAGCAUUUGGUUCCUCCUCCCACAGACUCCUUUUGUGUGGCCUUGAACACGUCUCCCACAUCUAUGGCCCCUUUCUUUGCCCUGAAGUAAAGCGAAGGCCAUAACUUAAGCACCGAAUGUUUGGGGGGCUCCCCUGCCACAUGAUCGUAUGACACGGCCUAGCGCAGUGCAGUGGGUGUCUCUUCCCAUGCAGGCACAGGAGUGCUACCCCCAUAGUGCCACUGUUUUCCCACAGCAGCAGGUUCACCUCACCUCCCACUGAGGCAAGCACUGGAGCUACAGCGGGCACUUGGCCCUGCCGCUCUGCCUGCUCACAGCCCUUGGCAGGGCCAGGGCAGGGGUCCAUUGCCACCAGGGAGCUACCUCCCACAGAGCAGAGGGAAGCUCUGCUCAGGAGGAAGAGAUGGGGUUGGCUUGGGGGGAUUUCUCCUGCUCACAGAUGUUCUCAUCCUUCUUUACGUUACCAUCAAACACUGGUACACUCCCCUCCUCCCUUGGGCUCCUCUGCCCAGCACGGAUGGGCCCCUGUGCCAAUGGAUUUGCACUUCUCUGCACUCCUCCACUCUCUUCACUUUUUUCCUGUGGUAACAGGGUGGCCCUGGCUUGGCAGUGGGCAAAGGCCUGUCCUUUGCCUUAUAGACGUAGGCAAGACACUUCCGUUCCCCCCAUGCCCCUGUCAUCGCUGGAGAAUGUGCCUGCAGCAAUAGCCACUCUGCCUGGAUGGCAGAGGUGCUUCUUCACCAUGCUCACUGUGUACUCCAAAUAAUAAACAGAGAUCUGUCGGAAA